AUGGUACAAACUUUGAUUGAUGGUACUAAUUUUCUUAUUAUCCUUUCAGUUGACAGAGGACAAAUACCUAAGAUUUUAAUGAAGAUACCCAGCAAUGAUAACACUGCAAAAUGUGGCAAUGAGAAAUCUACAUGCAAAAUACCUGGAUGCUUCUUUCAUGAAAUUGAAAAGUUAAAACAAUAUUCGGGAAGGAAUUUCAAGCACAAUAAAAAUGAACUGACUCAGAGAAUCUAUGAACUGGCUAAUACUACCAUCUUUGAUGACAAGCUUCCAAAGAAAAUAGAAAUCAUUUGGAAUAAAAAGAUGCUGCACACUGCUGGCUUGUGUAUUGCAAAUGAGAUUCAGAACCUGAAGAAGGAGCGCUAUGCCAGGAUUCAUAUUUCUUUGAAAGUCUGUGACUCUGCAGUUCGAAUCCGGGAUACCUUAAUACAUGAAAUAUGCCAUGUAGCUUCCUGGCUGAUUGAUGGUGUCCAAGAUUCUCAUGGUGAUUCAUGGAAAUUUUAUGCUAAAAAAUGCAAUGAGAUACACCCAGAGCUGCCCAUGAUCACCCGGUGCCACAACUAUAGGAUUAACUACAAAAUUUAUUAUGAAUGUAUUCAGUGCAGUGCCAGAGUUGGCCGCUACACCAAAUCAUUGAACACCGAACGUUUUCUCUGCACCAGAUGCAAAGGCACUCUUGUCAUGGUUCCAUUACUGCGGAAAGAUGGAACCCCCAUUCAGCCCUAUGUGAGACCAUUUGCCAUGUAUGUGAAGCAGAAUUACAGAAAGGUGAUGCAUGAGAUGCCCCAUUACUUCCAUGGGGAUGUGAUGAAAAAGCUGAGCAAGGAUUAUAUUGCCGAGAAAAAAGAAAAAUCCUUAAACUUGUUUUAGAGUACAUUUUUAUAAGCUGAAAUUUUUACUAACCAGAAAUUUUUAGAAAAAAAUCUGUUUCUGUUAAGAGUAGAAUUUUAAGUACGUUUUUGGGUUCAUAUUAUUAUUGACGGUUAUUCUUGACUGAGGGCUAACCAGUCUGAAGCCCUUUAGGUGUACCUUAGGUGUUAACUUUACAUAUCUUUAACAUGUAGAACAAAACAGAAGAAAAGUAAGGUUCAAGAAUGAGUGGAAAGAGAAUAAGUUGUAGCACUUUGCAGUCAGGGUUGCUAGUGCAUAUAACCUGUUUCGCUUACCCCACAUAGAAAAAGCAAAUGUGUUUUAUGAGUUGAGUUGCUGAUGACUUUGAGUGAAGCUGUCUGGUUUCAAGAAUGGUGGAUUAAGAGAAUGAGAACAAUACUGGAAAGAGAAAACAUUGCAGCACUUUACAAUCAGGGCUGCUAAUACAAUAACCUGUUUCACUUACCCUGUGUGGAAAAAGCAAACAUGUUUUGUGAGUUGAGUUUCUGGUGACUUUGAGUGAAGCUAUCUGGGCCAUGUAAUUACGAAAAAAUAAAUGUUUUCUGCAUUUCA